UGGAACAAAUUUUUGAACAUUAGUUAAAAAGAGUUCAUUCUCAUUAACAAUAAAUUAUAUAGGAAGCUACGCGUUUGUUAUUAUUUCAAAUUGUAUUAUUUCUUUAAGUAAAUGAAUCAUUAUGUUUACAAUGAGAUGACAAUUUACUGUACCAGCUCUCUAGAUUAUGCUAGUUCUUCAAGCUGACCGCGUGGUUUCGAACAAGUACUGUAUAUUGCAUAUUAAAAAUGGAUGUUGUUAAUGCAAUUUUGGAAAAAAAUGUGAAUUCGAAUAAAUCAAUAUCGGUUCAUAAGGAUUUGGAAUUGGAAAUUGACGAAGGAACUCUUCUUGCUUCUGAUUACAACGUUUUUGACAAAGAAAAUCUAAGAUCAAGUCAAGAUACAUAUUUGAAAAACUUAACAAGGGACAAUGUGCAGGUGCUCAUUAAUAAAAUCUGGAUGUUGCAAACAGAACGUGUAGAUGAGGCAAUUGUUGGGAUACUUCCGAAACCAGUGUUUGUGUUACCAAGAGCACGUUCUGUACCUAAGCCUAAACCUUUGACAAAAUGGCAACAAUUCGCAAAAGAAAAAGGAAUCACUUCAAAGAAGAAGAAUAAAUCAAAAGUCACAUGGGAUGAAGAAUUGGAGAAAUGGAUCCCAAAAUAUGGCUACAAAAAAGCAAAGGCAGAUGAACAAAAAGAAUGGCUGGUGGAAGUUAAUGAUCCCACAAAAUUCACCAAUGGUGAAGAUCCUUUCACUGCUUCAAAGACAGCUAAACGUGAAAAACAAGCAAAGAAUGAAUUGCAAAGGUUGCGCAAUUUGGCAAAGGCCAAAAACGUUAAACUUCCACGAGUUGGUAUUCCUAGUACAGAACAUUUCCGAGACGCACGGCAACUUGCUGCAGCUACAACCAUAGCACGAGCUUCCACUGCUUCAGUAGGAAAGUUCCAAAGCAGAUUGCCAAAGGAAAAAGAUGCAAAGGAUAUUGCAUCACAUGUGCCUGGCAUAAAAAAGAAACGUAAAGAAGCUCCAUUAAGUGUUGUUCAAGAAAAGCAGCGUAACAAGAAGUUGGCUGAAAGUAUUCUUCGUUCCAAAUCCACUAUCCUUCAUGUAGAUGCGCCUGUACCAUCCACAAAAUCUGCCAAAUCUUCAAACAGCGGCGGUAAAAAGAAAUCCAGCAAGAAAGAGGGUAAAGGAGCAAAAAAACCAAAAGGAGGUAAAGGCAAAAGAGAUCUACGGUCGAAAGUUGGUGGACGAAAACGUAGAUAAUAAAACUAUCAAGAUUGUAAUUAUUUAAUACACAAAUAAAACGCAAGUUCUAUCAGUCACCUAAA